UAUAUGCUCCACACUUCUUGAAGUGUUUUCCCUGGCGGUUGGUAUACACAGAGGUGAACAUGGCUGAUGUGUCGGAAAGGACACUGCAAGUUGCAAUACUGAUCUCCUUUGCAACCGGAUUUGUAGCUGGCUGGCAGGCCAACAGAAUGAGAAGGAGAUUCCUUGACUGGAGGAAGAAGAGACUACAAGACAAGCUUUCAGAAACACAGAAGAAAUUGGAUUUGGCGUGAAACAAAAGAUCACAGGACAAGUGACGGUUAUUGAAACAACCAGGAAGUUCCAGUCGUCACAUGGACUACUCUGAUAUGAACUGACACCAAGAAUCCACCAUUCGCUACUUAAGCUAAUGUGCACAGAAGACACCCCUGAUGAGAAAUGACCCACGUGUUUUAGUGGUCGAAUUUUAUAACAAAUGUUAUGUCUUACUCUUCAGCCUUCUAUUCAUAUCCUCUGUACCGGUGAAUUCUUCGUGUAUUUUUGAAACCAGAUUAAAUGACUUAUUUUACUUUUAAAAUUACAAAUCCUGAUUUCCCCACAAGUGCCCGUUUGCUGUGCUGGCUGUUGACUCAACCAGCCACUGGUAAAUGGCUCAAAAUGUAUUAAAAUGUAACAUGAUCUGUCGUAGCGUGUAUUUCACUAGCCAUUAGCUAGCAUAUAGGCUUCAUUCCAUAUUUAUCAAACUGAAAUUUUACAGAUAUAAGUUGACAGUCUGUUGCUGUUUCUACACAACUGUAUUGACCUGAGGCCAUUCUUGAUUUUUUAAAUUAUUGUUCUAACUGCGGGUAGUUCAUUAACUUCUGCAGUGUAGAUGCACUAUGCAUAUUGAGCACCAGCUGUAAUUAGAGUUUACAGACAACACCACCAAACCUGCUCGCCCAGUUCAGGUUUCAUCAUAUACAAUACACUCAAGGCAGUUUUACCUUCAUGUGUCUACUGACUCUAGCAUAACUCCUCCCCAGGGCCACCUGUCUGUGCUACAGCUUUCUUUCUAUGCCUAAAAGGGAGAUGUGUGUCAAUGGGUGGUUCUGUUACUUCUUCGCACAAGAGUUGCUGCAGGUAAACGCUUGCAGUUAAUGUAUUAAAUUUUUUUUUUUUUUGCAAAUGCUGUAAGUGCAAUUGUCAUUUUUUUACAUACAGAACAAUGUGGAAUGUCAAAUACAAAGUUGUAAGAUACUGAAAAUGUUUGUAUACACAAGAGAGAAUGCUACUGUAAAUUUGUUGAUUUGAAACCUUGGAUGUGAGAAGAGCUUUAUGGCGUGGGUCCACUACUCUGUUUUUAG